AUGUUUACUAAUUGGAUCACUAAAGUAGUACAAGUAAAUUACUCUUCUGAAGUCUCACAUUUGAAUAAGAAUUAUAUAAUCCCAGCCGGUUCAAUCUGUAACGUAAACAUCUAUAGCUUACAUAGAAAUCCAAAUAUUUGGAAAAAUCCUGAUGUUUUCGAUGCGGAUAGAUUUUUAGUAGAAAAUACAAAAGGACGUAAUCCUUAUUCCUUCAUUCCAUUCAGUGCAGGACCAAGAAACUGCAUCGGGCAGAAAUUCGCAAUGCUUGAACUCAAACUUAUGGUAGCUUACAUAUUGCACAAUUUCUAUUUGGAACCUGUUGAUGAACUGGACGAAGUUAAAAUGAUAGGAGAUACUAUAUUAUGCUCAUCAAAACCAAUUCGUGUCGAAUUUAUACCUAUAAAAUAAUAGUACAUCAUCUUUAUCGGAAUUGCAUGCAUCAUUUCGAUGGUGUGAUUUAUAAGGCGAAAUCAUCA